CUGCCGCCGAGUACUUCCAAAACGCGUUCUCCGGUGUCCCGCGACGGUCAUUCCGCGCGCAAUCGUCUCAAUACGCUCGCGUACUUCCGCCGUUCGAGUUGUUCGUCCGUCGGUUACCCGUCAGAAAUAGAUUUCGAAAAACAACGUCGUUACUAUCGGUUUUAGCACUCGCCCGUGUACACAUACGCCGGACGACCAUCGACGCCCUCUCCGAGUGCAUUCCGUCACAAUAAACAAUGAAAGGGUGGAGAUUGGUCGUGCUUCUCUGCACGGCCUUGUUAAGUGAACCAGUACGGCCACAAGAGAAAUGGAGUCGACCUGAGACUGCCGCAAAACGUGUUGAUGAUUGGGUACCUAUAACGGCAUCAUGUCCAUCGUGUCAAAAGAAUCUAGAAUCUAGUGGCGAAGCAGGCGGCGUUGACGAAGUCGGACGUUUAUUAAAUCCACCAGCCUUACCAUCCGGGCGUGCAUUUAAUUUUAACGCCAAACAAAACAGUUUUAAUCGGGCUCCAGCUGGCGAACCAUACGAAAUCACUACACCAGCGGCAACGUCGGCUCAAUUCUUUGGCCAACAACAAGCACCAAAAAUACCACAACCUGUACACUUUCCGGUACCGUUUUUUAGCCAACAGAAUCCGUUCCAGGGUAGAUUUCAAGGACCACCCAAUUUCCAGCCACAAUUUACGUUCAUACCUCAACCACAAAUUCAGCCUGUACCGAAGGAAAACAAAGUGACGUUCCCCGAAUCACCGUUCAUCCAGCAACAAAACAAAGGGUCGGUGCAACUGGUGUAUGUUCCCAUUGAAGCGCUACAGAGGCAAAAACCCAGAUUACAAGCUGAUAGGCCGAUACCGCAGCAGUCACAGAUCGACACAAAGACGCAAUCUCCGUUCGAGACUGGCAAAUUAAAAUUCCAAAGACCACCACAACCAUUCGAUCCACAGUUCCCAUUUCCUCAACAAUUUGAACAAGAACCCAAUCGUUUUGUACCACCGCCACCGCCAUUUGAACAGAACACUGGCCGUUUUCCUCCACCAUCACAGUUAUUUGAACAAGGUAAACCCGGUUUCCAAAAUCAAUUGAAGGAACAACGUCCAGAGUUUUUGCCUCAAAAUGAACAACCUGUCAGUUCACAAUCAUUUCAGUUUGUUGAUGAUGCAAGAAACCCACCUUCUAACUUUUUCCAAUUUCACGAUAAUAGAUUCCAAAAGCCAUCUUUCGAAAAUAAACCAAAAGAAACGAAACCACAAGGACAACAAUCAUUUACACCUAAUCAUGAUGAAUCUAGACAAGAGUCUUCCCAAAAUGUCGUUUCAAACAUUGAUGGAAGUCGUCUAAGACAAGGACCACCACCACAACCUCAAAAUUUCCAACCUAAUUUCCAAGAAACAAGACCAAAACAGGAAUCAUCACCACCGCCGCAAUUUGUUCCCAAAUUUGAGGAACCAAAAUUAGAACCACAACAACAGUUUGUGCCUAAUUUCCAAGAAAAUAGGCCAAGACAAGAAUCAUCACCACCGCCGCAAUUUGUUCCUAAAUUUGAAGAACCAAAAUUAGAACCUCAACAGCAAUUUGUUCCAAAUUUCCAAGAAAAUAGGCCAAGGCAAGAAUCACCACCACCGCCACAGUUCGUUCCUAAGUUUGAAGAACCAAAAUUAGAUCCUCAACAACAGUUCGCUCAAAAUUUCCAAGAAAAUAGGCCAAGACAAGAAUCACCACCACCACCACCACAGUUCGUUCCUAAGUUUGAAGAACCAAAAUUAGAACCUCAACAGCAGUUCAUUCCAAAUUUCCAAGAAGUUCCACAACAAGUAACAGAGCAACAAACAUUUACUCCUAAUUUUGAAUCAUUAAGACCAAACCCAGAAGUUCAACAAAACUUUGUCCCUAAUUUCCAGGAAACGAGACCUAAACAAGAAUCACAAGCACCAUUUGUGCCGAAAUUUGAAGAAGUAAAACAAAAAUCAAAACCAAAAGUUCAAUUAUUACAAUCUUCGACAUUAGCACCUCAGCAAUCAUUUAAUUCACCAAGUUUGAUUGAAAAAGUUGUACAAAAACCAUCGACGCCAUAUCCACCUCCUCAUCAACCACCACUUUCUGUUUAUAUGGAAAAACGGCUAGAUAACAAGAUAAACGAAGUACUAACCAUACUAAAGGAUGAAAAAACUAUUCCAGUAUUAGAUACAAUCGGUAAUCGUUCACCCAAAGUGUUUGUCGGACCAUCCGAUCUCGAUGCACCCAGAGGUUACGUUAAAUUUGAACUGCCUUAUUUAUCGUCACUCGAUAUUACUAAAAUUGAUUCGAUGGCCGAUCGAUUACCAUUUUUCGUUGCUCCACUUAAUUUCAAACCUCCACCGGGUUACGCAAAAAUUCCAUUCCCACCACCACAUAUAGGAUCUGUUGUUUUGUCUUCUAAGUCACAAGUUGUUUCUUCUUCUACUGAAUUCAAUCCAUUCAAACUCACGUCUCAAUUGCCGACAGAGGUGAACUCUUUACAACCAUCCGUAUCAAGUACCACGCAACGAGGAACCGAAAGAGCUCAACCUAGCACUGAUGUCACACCCACUACACCGAAACGAAACCGACAAAGAAAACCAUUGCAUAGGGGUUCAUUGACUAGUUUCAGUACAACUACUCCUUUAAAUGAUAUUACAGAACGGCAAAAAGAUAAAUUUACAACACCUGUAGAAUUACAAAAAUUGCCAGAAAUUUCGACUUCGGUGAAUGAUAAUCAGCAAUUUUUGGAGACUACACCAACAUCCAUUAGACAAAAAUUUUCACGAAAGCCAGUGGAACAACAACACACAGUUUUUGAAACCACGCAAGCACCUGUAUUUGAUAACACGCAGAAACAACAGUUUGACAACAUACAACAACAACAAUUUGAAAACACACAACAACAACAGUUUGAUAACAUCCAGCAACAGCAGUUUGACCAUACACAGCAACAGCAACCUGAUAACACAAAUUUACAACAGUUUUUCGCAGAUCAACAAGUCCCACAAAAUCAACAAAACUAUUUGGACACUAUAAGCUCUUGGCCUCAGCAAGAACAACAACAGAUUUUUAAUAAUCAACAACCGAGCCAACAGCCGUUCUUUGAAAAUCAUCAACAACUUUUAGACAAUCCUUCACAAACCAAUCAAGAACAAGUUUCAAGCAAUUCUCAAUCGUUAACCGAUCUAAAUAAUCUGGAAAGAAAUCAGCAACAGUUUAUUUCUAGCUCAACUGAAAAACAGAUAUUUAAAAACUUCCAACAAAUACAACCACUUUCUCAGUACCAAGUAGGUAAUAACUUUUUAAAUCAACAACAGUCGUCCACGGAACAAGUUCAAUCGGUAUCCAAUACUCCACAAACCGUAUCUGAAGAACCUCUAACGGCUGCGACAUUAUCUCCCACAGAUACACCGAAACUUAGACAACGUCUGUCGUAUUACGAUAAAUUAUUGUUGACGUCAACUCAAGUGCCAGUCGAAAUACCAAGUACUCAAAAUGUCAUUGAAUCUAGUGAAAAACCCAAAGAACGAACGAAGUUGAGGCCAAGGCAGAGAUUAACUACGACCAAAAGACCAACAACAGAGUCUUCAAGCACUUCGGAAGAAGUGUCCGAACAGAUAACGGAAACGUCAACUCAAAGGUAUAAUCCUCUGAAGAGACGUCGCCCGGUAACAACUACGACAACUACUGAAACAACCGAAAUUACGAGAAAUCCUCUGAGGUCUAGAACGACACAAGCUAGUAGAUCAGAAUUUGUGCGAUCAAGAUCUAACAGAAGAACAACUACAACAACGACUACGACCACAGAAGCCGCGCCAGUGCAACAACAAUUCCAAGACGAAGUACAGCCAACCAGUCAACAAGACGAACAGAAGAAAAUCGAAGAAGCCGCGUCAUUCUGGAAUGAACCGGUAACCGUACAGCAGAGUCAAAGUUACGAGUUAGAUACGAGGUACACGCAAUCGCCUCCUGGUCCAGAUAGCAAAUUUAGUAGCGGAGAACCACCAGCGGACGAGGAUAUUUCAAAGGAAAAACACUAUCACAAUAGUGGUAAUGACAAGAAAGCUCACGACCCGAACGUUGAGAAAAAAACACCAGGCCGCCGAGGCCAUUGGGUCAGAGUACGAGUAAAGAAACCGCAAGACAACUUGGACACAGCUGAGUCACAAAACUCUUUAGGUCCCCUUUCAGCAAACGCUGUUCAUGACUUGGUGACAAAACCGACCACUGAAUUCGGAGUCUCAUCGUCUUCCGCUCCGGAAGAACCAUCCACAACAACAACUACCACUACGAUUGCACCGACAACCAUAACCGCGUCCGUUACAACUGACAUCAAUCAGAAGCAAUUUUCGGCAACUACCACUUCUGAUAAUACAGAGGUGCUGGUAACGACGACGGAAGAAGAACGUACGGUCGAAACUACACAGACUCCGGAAGUGUCUCCACCAGUUGCCAAAUAUCCAGACGAUGAACAAGACGAGGCGUUCCAGCGAAACUUGGCUGACAUGCUGGCUAAAUUCAUCAGUGGUGGUGGUGGUGGUGACGAAUCUCGGGCUGAGGCCGUUACGGUGUCUGCGACAGCUGAAGAGUCGACAGCUGACUUAGUUGCGGAGACAGAGUCAACCGACCCAACUACCGUCACCGCAGCCGCGGUCACGGAACUGCCUAUCGCGCCGGUCACGUCCACCACGACCAAGGUAUCUAUGGAGACUGAAAUAUGCUAUAAGGGUAGGUGUGUGAAGAGCAAAAAAAACAAACAGAUCACCGACCUGGUGUCCGAGCCAUGAAUAUUAUAAUAAUAUAAAGUAUAUAAUAAAUAUUAAAUAUAAUGUAAUAUGUACACGCGUAUCUUAAGGUUAUAAUUAGAGAAGUCGUAAGACGAUGAUGCUUCUUUAUGGCAAGCAUCAGUAAUUUUCGAGUAUAUUAGGUACAGCGUACAGAAUAAUAAAAAAAAAUUACUGCUCGUACAUUCGCUUCGAAGUCCACAUAAAACCAAAGAUACAAACGGAAUACAAAUCUGUGCCAACGUCUAGAAAAAAAUAAAUAUUUUGUACAUAUUAUUUUUAUGCAUAAAUAUUAUUAUAUUUUAGUCACAUUUAUAUAAUUUAUUAGUAACGUAUAUACGUUGAACAAACAUUUAUUUAUAUAAACUUAUCAAAUGUAUCUACUUUUUGUAGUUUCAAAUAUGAAACUAACUUCAUACAAUUCUAAACAUAUUUUAUUUAAUAUUUUUUAUUUUGUAAUUGUAUAUAAACAUGUUUUACUUACCUAUUAAAUAUUUAUUUGGUAAGUGAACCGUUUGCUUUGUCAUGAAAAACAUAAUGU